CUUACUUGCAACUUGCAAAAGUAAGUCAAGUCAAGGUCUCUUGGAUUUGGACUGCUAGUAGCCACUUGAAGAUAUAAAUAGCUGGGUUGAGUGCUCCGAUGCUAGGAUCAGGAAUCAAGAAGCGCAUUCCUCAGAGCUGUUUGUUCACUUUUCAUCUCUUCCUCUGUCCUUCUUAGUCUUCAACCUCGUCCCCGAAAGCCAACUUACUCAGAAUGCUCUCCGUCAAGGUCCUCGUUCUCCUCGCCACCGGCCUCGUCGUCGCAACGGAGAACGCCGCCCGCGAGAGCUGCGCCUACUACUGCGGCAACACCUGCUACUGGGCCAGCGAUGUCAGCGCCGCGCAGGCCAAGGGCUGGUCGCUGCUCGAGGAGGGCAAGACCGUCGACGACUACCCGCACGUCUACCGCGACGACGAGGGAUUCGACUUCCCCGUCGCCGGCACCUACUACGAGUACCCGAUCUUGAGUGACUACAAGGUCUUCACGAGCGGAUCGCCCGGCACGGACCGCGUUAUCUUCAAUGACAAUGACGAGUUGGCGGGGUUGAUCACCCACACGGGCGCCAGCAGCUAUGACGGGUUUGUGCAGUGUGAUUCUGCUUAACUUACGUGGGUCUUACGGGGUGACAUAAGGAGGAGGAGGAGGUCAUUGGAAGUCUCUCAAAACAUGUACAUAGAUUGGACGUAUACUGUAAAACUGCGUUUCAGUUUAGUUGAACAUGCGGAGAGUCAGACUGCCAUU